AUGUUUCAAGAGAUUCAAACGGUAAUGACACAAAGUGCCACGGAUCAGUUCUUGAACACAUUUAUGAUGCAUCUUCUUUCACUGAAUCGUUCGGAAUCGAAUUUCACUUGUAACCUUUGUCUAACAUUUAUCUCUGAUGUGCAAAUGUUUGUGAAAGGCAAUGGAUCGAUCAACAGUAUUUUACCGGCAAUUGGAGAUUUCUGUACCCAGGCUCAACUCGAUCAUCCGUACGUUUGUGAGGGAAUUGUGGACCAAUUUGGACCAGAAAUCGCUUUCAUUCUCGCCCAAAGCAAUUUCACUGCAACCACCAUUUGCGGAUCGUUGCUUCCAAACUGUGGCCCGAAUUUGCUCAAGACUCGAAUGUGGCCGAUGAAAUUGCCCGGGAAAAAGCCACCAGUAAAACCCUGGCCAACUGUAAAGAAAGGAAAUCCGACAAUGCGAGUUCUUCACCUCUCCGAUAUUCACAUCGAUUGGUCCUACACACCGGGAAGUGAAGCAGAUUGCAAUGUGGGAAGCGGAGUUGCCAACACACUUUGCUGUCGAUCGUAUCCAGACUCUUCAAAGACCCCCCAAAUGAAAGCCGGUGUUUGGGGAACUCUUGCCAAUUGUGAUCUUCCAUAUCAGACGUUCAUCAGCGUUUUGAAGCACAUCAGCCAGAAAGAGAAGCUUGACUACAUCAUUGUCACCGGUGACAUGGUGGCGCACGACAUUUGGAACUACUCAAAAGGCAGAACCCGAUCAACUCUGCAAAUAAUUUCCGGAGUGUUGCGACUGUUUUUCCCGACGACUCCCAUCUACAAUUCGAUCGGAAAUCACGAGGGAGUACCGAUGGAUAGCUUUGUUUCCCAUGAGAAUCGUGGAUACGCUGCAUUUGGCACUCAAUGGCUCUACAACCAGUUGCCGAACUUUUGGACAAAUCGACUGGCAAGGACUAAUGCUAAAGAUAUUAAAUAUCGGGCCUCGUUUGCGGUUUCUGUAAAGAAAGGAUUGCGGUUGCUCUCAUUGAAUUCGAUCUACUGCUCGGAAUGGAACUUCUUGGUGUAUUUGCAUCCAGUUGACCCGGAUGGAACACUAAAAUGGUUGGUGGAUCAGUUGAGUGAUGCUGAAAGGAAAGGAGAUAAGGUGCAUAUCAUCUCUCACAUCCCACCCGGUAUCGACUAUUGCCUUAAAGGAUGGUCUUUUAAUUUCUACAAUAUCGUGAAUCGCUUUGAAGGCACAAUUACAGCAAUGUUCUAUGGACACACGCACAAUGAUCAGUUCAACGUGUUCUACGAGAACGGUGAUCCGACUGGUCGACCAACUCAUUUCACUUGGAUUGCUCCCUCACUCACCACUUAUUCGUAUCUUAAUCCAGCCUAUCGAAUCUAUACAGUUGAUGGAGCGUACAAUGGGAGUUCUUACACCGUCCUUAACGCGGAGACUUAUAUAACGAAUCUCGCAAAGGCCAAUAAUCAACAAAAUGAUCUCACGUGGAAUUUAGAAUACAAAACUAAGGAAGCCUAUGGAAUGAAGGACUUGUCACCGCAAAGUUGGAACAAAUUGAUUAAACAACUGGGAAACAAUACGGGACUUUUCAACAAGUACUACAAUUAUUAUUUUCAUCGAAUGAGUGGCAAAAUCGCGACAGUUGAUCCGGCCACAAAGGCCAGUAUGAUCUGUGCGAUGAAAAGCGGUCGCUCGUAUGAUCAAGCAAACUUUUGUAAA